AAGUCACAGUCGCUUUUCUCUCUGUAAAAGUCGCCUUGUAAGCGCGUUGUCGAGAGCCGAACACCGAGGCCGCAGACUCGUAGCAUCUCACCAUGUCUCCAAGGAAAUUUUUUGUAGGCGGAAACUGGAAGAUGAACGGCGACAAGAAAAGCUUAGGAGAACUGAUCAAUACCCUCAACAGUGCCAAAGUGCCCCCAGAUACUGAGGUGGUCUGCGGUGCUCCAUCUAUCUACCUCGACUUCGCCAGGUCAAAGCUGGAUGCUAAGAUCGGCGUUGCCGCACAGAACUGCUACAAGGUGGCAAAGGGUGCCUUCACUGGAGAGAUCAGCCCUGCGAUGAUUAAGGACUGUGGGGUGGAGUGGGUGAUCCUGGGACACUCGGAGAGGCGCCACGUUUUUGGGGAAAGUGAUGAGUUGAUCGGCCAGAAGGUGGCCCACGCUUUGGAGAGCGGUCUGGGUGUGAUCGCCUGCAUUGGUGAGAAGCUGGAUGAGCGAGAGGCCGGAAUCACGGAGAAGGUCGUCUUUGCACAGACCAAGGUCAUCGCAGACAAUGUUAAGGACUGGAGCAAAGUGGUCAUUGCCUAUGAGCCAGUCUGGGCCAUUGGAACAGGAAAGACUGCCUCACCUCAACAAGCCCAGGAGGUUCAUGAAAAGCUGAGGCACUGGAUGGCAACCAAUGUGUCUGAGGCAGUGGCCAAGUCUGUCAGAAUCAUCUAUGGAGGUUCUGUAACUGGUGCUUCCUGCAAGGAGCUUGGCUCUCAGAAAGAUGUUGACGGCUUCCUUGUAGGCGGAGCUUCCCUGAAGCCAGAAUUUGUUGAUAUCAUCAAUGCACGUGCUUGAAAAUGGGAAGACAUGGGCGUCAAAUCUGUCAGAAGACCAUUUGAGUACUUAGGCUUCACCCCCUCUUAAUUUCCAGUGUUUCCUUUCUGUUUCCUUUGUGUAUGUUUUUUGCAGAAAGGGACAGAUUGACACACACACACACACACACACACUGUACUACACUUUAGUGUAGAUGCACUUAAAACCCAUUGAGUAUAUGACAUUUGCGAUGUGUGCAACGGUUCAUAACCACUGAAUGUCAUGGAAACAUGUAGAACAAACACAUGCACAUGCACAGGUUUAACAAUAUUGCGCAUACAGUGUCAAGAUAAAUCUAUGGUCAAUCAGAUUGUGUCUUUAAUAUGUAGAUGGCUCCGUGUGAUGUAUCGUUGGUGACCUCCCCUGUAGUAGUGCACAUCCUGCUUCUUCUCCAUUUGCUGGACAGGCUCUCUACAUGUCAGUCAUGUCUUUGCCGAUGGUUAUAGAAGAAAAAACAUUUCAAUAAAUGGUUGCGUCCAAA